AUGGUUCUUCAGGAGGGGCCCAUUGACGGGAGUUUGUUAACUUUUCAGCAAAGUCAUCGCUCCCAUUCUAUAUGGGCAAAUAAUGGUGAGCCUCCAGUUGAUUUGAAACCUCUUAAAGUACAACGAACUGAAGCUAGACUAAAGAAGUUGGACCCCCCGACGCCACCAGUUUUACAAUUGAUUAGGCAGGCUGGUUUUGGUGGUGUCAUAAAUAUACCGUUUAUCUCUCUUGACCUUGGCCUGAUGACAGCUUUACUAGAGCGUUGGCGGCCGGAGACCCAUUCGUUCCACUUGCGCACGGGUGAGUGGACUGUAACUUUGCAGGACGUGGAGAUUUUGCUCGGGCUACCUGUUGAUGGUGAACCUAUAAUCGGGACAACCAAUGAAGACUAGGGUCCAUUAUGUCAGUGGUUGUUGGGGAUAGAGCCGGUAAAUAAA